UCCGUCGCACGAUGAAUACACGAAGAAGUGAACCAAUGGAGAGAGUUAAAAAUGUUCUCUCUCCGAUUGCGAAGUCUGAGAUAAAUCUCCGCAAAUCCACUUAUAAGACGGUGCCAAAAGCAACGGCGACGAUGCAAAAGGUUACGCAAAAGUCAACGGAGUCAAAGACACCAGAGUCAACUAAAUACGACGACGACAAUACGACAAUGCAAAGAGCUAGUGUUUCAGAGUCGAUGUCAUCAGGGGCAACGACGUAUGAAAUAAAGGAAAAUAUACAUACAAAUAUGAAAAGAAUUAAUCAAGUCAUGCGUCGGGAAGUCGCCAAGGAAAGGAAGAAAUUAAAAAAAGAAGAAUAUCAAAGACGCAAAGCGCAAUACAGGACACGUAUUCCUGCACCACCUGUGUAUGUGGCACCAUCGCCAAUACCAUCGUUUUACGUACCGAGUUACGCACCAUCGGCUUAUGCAGCGCCGUUUAUGUGCGCACCACCGCCUUUUGCUGCACUGGCUCACCCACAACCACCGCCUUACGGAGCACCGACUCAUCCGCAACCAUCGCCUUACGGAACGCCUUCGAACGUAAUAUUUUCUUCUCCUUACGCGCAUAUGUAUAGACCUUUUUAA